AUGGUGGAUACAUGUGUUGGGGAUCGGAUUUCAGUUUUAGAGGUCCCGGUUGUUAGGGAAUUUGUAGAUGUGUUCCCAGAGGAGUUACCCGAUGUGCCUCCUGAGAGGGUUGGAAAGGUUGCUUAUAGGUUGGAUCUACCUGAGGAGCUCAGUCAAAUUCACAACAAUUUCCAUGUCUCUGAAUUGCGGAAGUGUGUGUUGGACAAUGGCGUAGUGGUUCAGUUUGAUGAUAUUCAAGUCGAUGAGCACCUGAACUAUGUUGAAAGGCCGAUAGCUAUUCUAGAGAGGAAGAUGAAGGUCCUGUGCAACAAGGAGAUACCUUCGGUAAAGGUACAAUGGCAACAUCGAAGAGAUUCCGGGUGGACCUGGGAGUCAAAGGCUGAGAUGCGGGAGCAUUACGCAGAGUUGUUCACAGCAGUUAACUUCGAGGACGAAGUCUGA